AUGAACUUAAUUUCUAGUAAUACUGACCUGGAUAAAGAACAGAUUGUCAAAUUAUUAAUCUCAACUUUGGAUGAGUUCGGUUAUAGCCAAAGUAGUUCCAAAUUAAGGCAGGAAGCAGGCCUAUCAUAUAUAGAGCCUAUUUUAGCUUAUACUAAUGACUUUUUUACCAUAUUGAAAAAUAAUGACUUUGAAAAGAUAAAUUUAUUACUGUUGAGUAAAUUACCUUUUAAUGGGGAUGCGGAGUUUAUUAGGAAUAAUGUUGACAGUCUAGAUUUUAAAGAUUACGAACCACCUGAUACCAGUAAAAUUACCAACGCCAACACUAAAUUCCACACCUGGUUAUCUAUAUUAUUAUAUGACUUAUCAUAUAUUCAAUCGCAUGGGAAUGUUGCCAGUAAUAACGCAACUUUUUUCAGUGUCACUACUACUAAGAUAUUAGAUCUCUACAUCAUAGUACAAACGCAUUUUUAUUUUUGCUUAUUACUUGAUAAUGAUGGAAGGGAUCUAUCCUUAAUAUUAUUGAGAAAAUCUUUAUUUAAAUAUUUAGAAUUAGUCGAAAGCAAUAGCAGGUAUAAUAAUACGUCAUUAUUAACAAAAAAGUUUAAUUUACUCGAAGUGUUGCCCCUUUCGAUUACUAUGGAUUCCUACAAUAUAAACACGAGCCUCAAAAAAAAUACCCACAAUAGUAACGAUUUUUCAAUAUUUGCUGAUAAAAAUUUUAUUAUCCAGCUAAUUAAAAAUUCCUUUAUAUCUUACGAUGUUUUGCCACCAAAUGGUAGGUUGUUAUAUUUAUUAGAGAAAGGUUUAGAAAGUUCUUCCAAUAGUUCCAAUAAUAGCGGUGAUUGUUCAUCUAUUAUAGGCGUUCCAUUUUAUAACUCGACGCUUAAUAUGAUACCCUUUAUUCCCAGAUUCAAACUUUUGUUAGAGAUACCCGUUUUGAACAAUAACGACAGCUUCGUUAUUAAGUUUUCCAAUAAUGGCAAAAUGUUGGCUUUGGGAGUUAAUACUGAUGAAAAUGGUGAUUAUAGGAAAGUUGCCAUAUAUGACGUGGAUAAUAUUCUUAACAAUGCUACAUUGCGGUGUUAUCUAUCCGUAGAACAAUCUUUACUAUUCAAAGCAAACAACAAUAAUAAUAGUAAUAGUUCCACAAAAAAGUUUAAUAUUGUUAAUUUACAAUUUUCUUCAAAUGAUGAUAAAUUGGUCACCUGUUCCAUAUCCGGUGAUGUCAACGUUUAUGAUUUAGCAAUUAUUCAUGAUAGUAUAGGCGAUGACAACAAAAAUCAAUUUACUAAUAAUGCUUUUGAAAAUAUUGAUUACAAUUGCGAAGAAACUACGGCAAUACUUUACCCUAUCUUAACCUUUGCAGUAAAUGAUCCAUGUGGAAUUUCAAGAACAACCAAGCUCUCAGAAAAAAAUGAUAAUUAUAACCAUCUACACAAAUAUACAAGAAAAUCAUUGUAUAUAAAAUCAUUAAUUAUAACACAUAUUUCCAAAAGAAGUUUUAGUUGUGAUUGGAUUGGCAAAAAAGAACAGAGGUACAUUGUUUUAGGCUCUCCUGAUAGAGGUAUUACGAUUAUUGAUACCCUAACCAAAACUACAUGUUCAUGUCAGAUAGGUUCCACCAAAAAUAAGAGUUUCCCCUUUGUUGUGGAUGAUUUGAAAGUUUUCAAAGAUAAAUACCUACUUGUUUGCUCAAGAGAUGGCAAGGUAAAUUCUGUGGUUGAUGUUUUCCAAAUUAUAAAAGAACCAAGAAUAACAACAAAUUCUGUUACCACUUCCACUGCUAGUACUAAUACCAAAGCACGUUUCUUAUUGCUGCACGUACACAGCAUAGACAUUUUAGGCAAAGUCACCUCUUUGGAAUUACCAAAAAUUAGUACUAAUACUUUUAAAACUAACAGUAAUAUUGACACUUUGAUGUUAUUAACUCUUGAUGGCAAUGAAUUACAAUUGUGGGAUUGGAAAGAAAGUAUACUAAGGCAGAAAUAUUAUGGCUCUAUCCAUGAAAAAGUCAUUAUAAAAGGUUGUUUCAUAGGAACAAAAAAUCAGUACAUUAGUUGUGGUUCUCAAGAUGGCAAAAUUUAUAUUUGGAAUACCAAUAUGGGGAAUUUGGUUGCAGUGUUGAAUUCAGAAGACACAUCACUAUUAUUAAAUCAACAUGUUUGUAACAUGGUUACUGUAAAUCCAAUAAAUCCCAACAUUUUUGCAUCUUGUGGUGAUACUGGGUAUGUAAGCAUAUGGGAAGUGAUGUAA